AAAACAAAAUGCAACUCUGUCCAACGUUUUUGAAUUCAGGCCCCAAAGCUUUUGGGGGGAAUUCCAGCAGAGCAAAGAGUCCCGAGCUUUAUUCUCUUCGCCCGACUCGCGCACAUGCUUUUUUUGCUCCCAAUCUCUCUCUAUCCCUCUCUCCUGUGUGUACCAGGAAUUCUAACUGUAUAGCCAUGCCACGGAGCUUUUCGCUCAGCCCACCUUUGGAGCCCCUUGCCUCCCACUUUCCACUCGCCAUUAUCUUGGAUUCUCGGGAGGAGCGCGCGCAUUGGAAAAUCAAGAGCUGGCGAGACGGCACUGCUUGGAAAUCAGUCGCCUGUCUUUGCCCGAGCGGAGAGAAUCUCGAAUCGCUCGAACCGACUUGUCGAGGAUUUUGGCUUCUGGGUGCUGAGCAGCCGAAAUCGCAGAGCGCAGAAAUCGAAUGGGAAAAAGCGCUGCCAUAGCGGGGGCCCCGAGAACGAAGGAAUUUAAUAAAAUAUGGCCGAGGGCGAGAUGUGAAAAUGGAAAUGUGAAAAUGCCAGUCCAGGCCAUCGAGUGACCACGAAAAUUGCAGUUCCCCCUAUUCGUAAUUCCACAAAAAAAAAACCAAAAAAUAAAAAAAAAACGAAAUCAAAGCAAGAGCAAAACAUUUUCGGGGCGAAAUAUACACAUUUCGAUUUCAAUUCUAGUGGCAAAAAUUCGUAUGUACUCGUCGGUUGCUCCUCAAAAACAUACAUACACACUAAACGCGUCCCCCUUUUCCGCCCACCCGAUUCGCCCAAAUCCUCAAAGAAAAUACGUGUGUGUUUGAGUGAAAAUAUGAACGGAAGCGCUGGCAAAACAAUAAAAAAAAUUAUAUAGAUAGCUAGAUUAAGGCAAUGGUCAACAAAGGAACAAGAGCAGCUGAUUUGUGACAAGUGCAACGACCAACAAAAAUCGAAGUUUCAAGUGCAAUUAGCUGCCUACAUGUUGCAGCUGUUGCAGCAACAUCAUUGCAAGUGGAGAAAAUCACGCAUACGCCCCAUCCGCCCUUAGGGCCAAACAAUGCGCUCCACUUAGCCAAGUUGCGUGUCAAACACACACACUGUGUAUGUGUAUAUCGGUGUAAUGACUAGCCCAAGAAAUAAAUAAAGGCCAGAACAACAACUACGGGGGCAGCUCCAGCUGCUCAUAGAUUUCGUAACGCUUGUGAAAUGUGCCCCUUGGUGCACGGGGCCAUUGAAUCGCUAGAUUUUCGCCCAUAAAUCCAGAGCGGAAUAUGUAAAUGCCGUAGGCGCCACCACCCGCGCACCACCAACUCACAAACAGAACGCUCGCACCAACCCUCCUAGAACCCAGAACCCAAAACCCACGCGAAAUCAGGAUCCUUGAUAGGGAUAACUACUCGAAUGGUUAUCUAAAAAAUCGAAAAGAAUUUCAGCAAUUUUUGGCCAUGUAAAAUCGUCGAAGGAAAAGCUGAGGAAAACAUAAAACAAAACGAAAACUAAAGCUAAAACUAAAACCAAGAGCAGCAGGCGAGAGAGGGAAAGAGCGCCAGAGAGUGGGAACUUUCGAUAAAAAAUUAUUAGCAAAAACAUAAAUACGUAACGGCCUCGUUCUCCCUUGCCUUUCCUCUAAGGAAAUCCGAGCAAGAGAAGCCGAAUCGAAGAAAAGAGCACGAGAGCGAGCGGGUGAGUGGGUAGGUCAGUGGCAGUGGGCGGUCCGCCAGCUGGGGCACCAGCACCACCAUCACCACCCACCUCCACCUCCACAUCCAUCCCCACCACCAUCACCAUCACCACCGCCAGCGUCAACCUCAACUUUCAAAGGGCAGGUAGCGGCAUGUCCUGCACCGUUUCGGAGCUGCCCAGUGGCUGUCGAUUGCGCGGCAUGACUGCAUCCUCACAGCAAAGUGCUGCCAACAAUAGUGGCAACAAUGGAAACGGCAACGGGGGGGGCGGCGGAGGGGCGUCAGGGGGCGGCGGAGGGGGUGGCAGCAUGGGCGGAGUAUCGCCCACGGUGGGCGGCAGCGUGGGAGUCGGCUCCACGGCCAACGUCCUCCAGGAGUCCAAUGCGGCCACGUUGCAGCGGCCCCAGUCGCAGAAGCCGUGCUGCUUCUGCUGGUGCUGCUGCUGCUCCUGCUCCUGGGGCAAAUGUCUGGCCAUCAAGAAUGCCGAUGAAAAUGCGCCCACGAAGCGAGAUCUCGUCAAUGCCGAGUUCCUAGAUGGCGAACAACCCACACUGGAGGAAAUCCGCAGCUGGGGAAAGAGCUUUGAUAAGCUGAUGAAGAGCACAGCUGGUCGAAAGGUGUUCCAGAACUUCCUGCGCAGCGAGUUCAGCGAGGAGAACAUCCUGUUCUGGCUGGCCUGCGAGGACCUCAAGAAGGAGAGCAGCGCGGAGCUGGUGGAGGAGAAGGCGCGCCUCAUCUACGAGGACUACAUCUCGAUCCUGUCGCCCAGGGAGGUGUCGCUGGAUUCGCGGGUCCGCGAGAUCGUCAACCGGAACAUGAUCGAGCCCACGACGCACACCUUCGACGAAGCUCAAAUCCAGAUCUACACACUGAUGCACAGAGACUCAUAUCCGAGAUUCCUAAACUCGCAAAAGUUCAAGACACUCGCUCAACUGCAAGACAACUCGAAUGCCGGCUCCAAGGCGGAUAGUCCCACUUAGAGAGGAUCGCAUUGGGCAUUGGAUCCCGGACCGGAUUUGGAUCCCAUUCAGUUGCGCUGUGUUGACUUCCAUUGUUGCUCUCCGUUUGUAUUUCUCUGGGAUUCCGCCCCGCCGCUGCAGCAAUCGACUAAGCAAUAUGUAUCCAUUAGUAGAACCAUUUAAGCGUUUUGCGAGCAGCCCCGAAUUCCCAAAUCUUUGGAUCCUCGGAGGGGCGGAGGAGUCAGACGAUAUGCAUUAUGCGGGAAAAGGAUUCCUUCUCUGCCUACGUUCUAGUCGUUAACAAACCAAAAGGUCAAGCACAUACACUAAGAAGCUGGUUCGACCACAGAAAGCAUUUUCCAAAAAACCCAAAAAAAAAAACAACCAGAAAGCUAAUACGAAACGAGCGACACAAAUAGCAUCUAUUGUAAUACUAGUGAUCUAAGAGACGUAUUAAUCAAAUUGCAACAAAGAUUACGGAACCGGCUAACCGAUAAGUUAAUUUAAACGUAAUCAUAAACCGCAACGUAACAAAAAUACUUUUUCCAAAAAAAUAACAAAAAAAACAUAAAACAAAAAAAUCUUUUUAAACGUAUUACAUAAAUUUAUAAAAUUAUAUAUAAACACCAGCAUAUAUAUAUAUAUAUAUAUAUAUAUAUAUCCGGAUAUAUAGAGACAUUUAACUUGACUAGUUUUGAAAUCGUUUUAGGUCAUACGAGUAAUGACAUCGAAGCAUUUUGUAAAUACCACAGCAGACGGCAACACUUUCUACUUUCUUAUGAAAAACCAAUGAGGAUCAAGUCCUUUCUUAAGCAAAUCUUACAAAGCCCCAUCUUGAGCUGUACUUUGAGCCAGACCAGAACAGACCAUAUUCCCUAGAAGUCUUACCCAAAACCGAAACCGAAACAAACUCAUAACUAACUUGUACUAUAUUAUUUCGAUGUCGAGCUGAUUUCCAAGUCGAAAGAAGAACGUUUCGCAAUAUCACUGCCAACAAAAAAAUCAGAACUUCGCAAGAGAUAUAUCCUCUCAUAAUGUAUUAUGCAAUUGUUUUUCUAGAGAAGCGGAAGUUCCAAGAGUUUCCCGUACAUUACCCCGAUUCUUCAUUGAAAAAUAUAUAUUCAAAAACAGUAUUAUAAAUAACAACAAAAAAAAAACAAGCGAAACACAAAAGUAUGGUUACAUUUAAAUUUUAGCAAAAAAGUUGUCGAAAUAAAAAACAAAGAACGUUAAAAAAAAAUUAACAAAAACAAAAAGUUUAUAAGUCAAAACACAGAACAAGCAGGAGGACUUUCGGUUCGAGUCCUGGCAAAAAGUUAACAAUGUAUUUUCGAUCUUAAGUUGGUUUCCUUUAACCUUAGGUUGUCUGUGUUCGAGGCACAAUAUUUUAAAGUACAAGAUUCAUGUUUGUACCUUUGUUGCGGGGAGCAGGGAAUGUAUUUUCGUAGCUAGUUGGUGUGCCUAGUUUUAAUGCAUCUAUCGACACCAAUUCACACCCAUCACACACUGAGAUUAACAAGUACAGAAACACAAACACUGACUUUUCUAGCAUUUAAGCACCUUCCAGUUCUCCCUUAAAGAACAUUUACAAUUUAUUUUUUGCAAAUCAGAAUAUUUAUGGUCAAAGUUAAAGGUAAUUUGCUUUUGAAAUGUCCGAGAUUUUUGGACACACCCACAUAAGUUCCUAUGUUUUCUACAACAGUUGUGACCCGUUUCAAGAUCCGAUUUCCGAACCAAACCAAUCACAUUAGCACUUCUCCGUUCAGUCCUUAAACACUUGACUUUUACGCGUCACUCAGGCUGCUACUUGGAAUUGAGGGUUCGACAACCGCUUUUGCAUUACAACAAUGUCAGUUUCCAUGGUUUGUUAAAUUAAUUUUAGGCAAUCAGGUUAGGCACAAUGUCCUGGCUAAAAGGGACGCGCGGAGGGAGGGAAUGUUUGAUUGUGAAUGUUUCUCUUCGGUUUCUUACUUUGCAGCAUGGACAGAUAUAAGACUUUUUGAACAAAAAACAAAUAUAUAAGUACAUUUAAUACGAUUGUUGUUUGUUUAGUUUUAUACACCGCCACACUCGCACACACAAAACACACGCACACACCGAUACAUGCAUAUAUAUACUACUUAGCGGUAUAUGUACAAAAAACGUAAUCAAGUUUCGACCAGUUAAAAACCAUAAAUUAAAUUUAUUACAAAAAAAUCAACUAAUGAGUAAACGCAAAAACGGCAAAAUCAAUAAAUACAAAAUGGAUUAAACUAAGCCUAAAUUUAGUUUUAAACAUUUAA